CGGCGUUCUGUUGCAAUGAAAAAGCCUCUUUGUGUGCGCAACGUAUAUAAGACAUUUCUGCCGCAGAUUCUUCCUUUGUAAUAAUGUCGGCUGAAUAUGAUAAUAGAGACAAUGGCCCAGAGGGCAUGGAGCCAGAUGGGAUCAUUGAGAGCAACUGGAACCAGAUCGUGGACAGUUUUGAUGAGAUGAACCUGCGCGAGGCUCUUCUCAGGGGAAUUUAUGCCUAUGGUUUUGAGAAGCCUUCCGCUAUACAGCAGAGAGCCAUUAUCCCUUGUAUCAAGGGUUAUGAUGUGAUCGCUCAGGCCCAGUCUGGCACUGGGAAGACUGCCACCUUUGCCAUUUCCAUCCUCCAGCAGAUUGAUGUGGAGUUGAAAGGUACUCAGGCUCUGGUUCUGGCCCCCACCAGGGAGCUGGCUCAGCAGAUCCAGAAGGUGAUACUGGCCCUGGGUGACUACAUGGGAGCUAGUUGCUAUGCCUGUAUUGGAGGGACCAGCAUCCGCAGUGAGGUCCAGAAGCUGCAGGCUGAAGCCCCUCACAUUGUGGUGGGAACCCCUGGCCGCGUCUUCGACAUGUUGACUCGCAAAAACCUCUCUUCAAAGUACAUCAAAAUGUUUGUGCUCGACGAGGCUGACGAGAUGCUCAGUCGGGGGUUCAAGGACCAGAUCUAUGAGAUCUUCCAGAAACUGUUAAGCAGCACACAGGUUGUCCUACUCUCUGCUACCAUGCCAGCCGAUGUUUUGGAGGUCACAAAGAAAUUCAUGCGUGAACCUAUCCGAAUCCUGGUAAAGAAGGAGGAACUGACCCUUGAGGGUAUUCGCCAGUUCUACAUCAAUGUGGAGAAAGAGGAGUGGAAGCUGGACACGCUGUGCGACCUGUAUGAAACCCUGACUAUCACACAAGCUGUCAUCUUCAUUAACACGAGGAGGAAAGUGGACUGGCUCACUGAGAAAAUGCAAAGCAGAGAUUUCACUGUCUCUGCUCUGCAUGGUGACAUGGACCAGAAGGAGAGAGACUUGAUCAUGAGGGAGUUCCGCUCUGGCUCCAGUCGAGUCCUCAUCACCACUGAUCUGCUGGCCAGAGGCAUUGAUGUCCAGCAAGUGUCCCUAGUCAUCAACUACGACCUGCCAACCAACAGGGAAAACUACAUCCACAGGAUUGGUCGGGGUGGUCGUUUUGGCCGAAAGGGAGUGGCCAUCAACAUGGUGACUGAGGAUGACAAGCGAACCCUGAGGGACAUUGAGACGUUCUACAACACCACCAUCGAGGAGAUGCCCAUGAAUGUGGCCGAUCUUAUCUAGAAGAAUCCACAUGCCCAUCGUCCACCCCUACCCCCCACAUUUUAGAAGUCAAACCUUGUUUCUUACGUGAUUUGAAUUCCAAAAACUUCCUUCUGCUAAAUUCCACCUUGACUUAACCCUAUACAUUCUAAGGAAAGGAAGACUGCAGCCAUCACUCCUUCCAAACCUUUGAAAUAGCUGUUUUUUUUUUUUUUUUUUUUGUUUGGUUUUUUUGUUGGUUUUUUGGGGGGAUGUUUGGGCCGGCAUAUUUGGAAGAAUGCAUUGCUGAUCUGCUUGCCAGUUUCAUUACUCCAUGUCGGCACAUAAACUCCUCCUGCAGCUAUUUCCCUUGCCUUCAAAAGUUGAAGCAUUAAUUUGAAUAUUUCCACAUUGAUGUUUUGCAAACUGAUGACUUAACCACAAAGCAAGUUUUUAACUGAUUCCAGCAAGUUCAAAACAUAUCCUUGUUUCCAAAAGCACAUUAAAAACCAUAAAGUUGUUGGUAAAUGCUUAACAUUAAAUAAGUAACUUGACUCAAUAGGUAACAUAGAUGAUUGAAGCUUUUGUGAAAUGUGGAUGUGAUUUGUACCUUUGCGACAUCAACAUUUGCUGCAGUUCUGGUGACUGAUAGAUGUGAGUACUUAAGACUGCAGUUCAGUUUGGACUCAACAAUGCGCUAAAUAAAAUGGGAAGUGCUGCAUUUGACCAGCCAGUGUUAAAACAACUUUCAGUGUACUUCACACAGCCUCUAACACAUACAUCCAUCAUCAUGUUGAGAACAGAUUUUGGGGCUAGAGUACACAGGGCAUAUUCAAUAAAAAGACCUGUAUAGUAAAAUCCAUCAUGAAUGAGUGGUUUACCAUUUUGAUGUUUUUUGUUUUUUUUUUCCCCCCAAAAAAAAGCUAUUGUACGUAUUGCUUGGCUUAUAUCGUCAGUUACUCAGUAGCAUUCAGUUGAAGACUGACGGGUGGCUGCGGAUGUUUGGAGGCAAAACAACGGUGAGUUCUGCAGAAACCUGGCCUCUGGACCUGGACGACCUGGUUGGAUCUUCAUCCCGAACGCUGACAUUCUUUUACGUUUUAUUUUUAAAGGAAAUACUGGGUUUUUGAUAAGGUAGAGGUAACUUUUUGUAACCUACCUCAUCAAAAUGUUGGGUGGGUGGGGGUAACGUCUGAUAUUAAAGGACCAAACUACAGAUGAUUUCUUACAUAGAGGUUAUAUCCCCUCUCCAACCACCCACCCCUAAAUAUCUCUUCAUCUCUAACUCUCUCUGACUCAUUACAAUGCCUGUCAUGCUGGGGUGUGGUGUCUGGUUUAGAACAACAGUCAUGUUUUGGGGUGUAUGGUCAGUGCUAUUUUUUAAAAUGAAUUUAUGGAAUUGUUAACCUUUUUGAGACAGAAACCGUGUAUCAAGUUUUCUACAUUGGAUUCUGUAUAGUAUUUAUUUUAAUGGUCUUAAAAAAUAAAGGUUGCUCCUUUUUAACAGUGUAA